AUGUUUGAUGAAGUGUUGACUGACGAAGAAGUCAAAUCUGAUGAUGAUUCUGAGACGGAUGAUAUGGAGAUGUUGGAGGAUAGAACAAACAUUAUAAGUACUCAUGAAACAGAUUCAGAACAGGAGCUGAGUAUGGAUGAUGAAGAGGAAGAAAUGAUUGUAGAUAUGGAUCAACGUCGUGGUAUACAUCGUCACCUGUCUUAUUAUGGAAAAACUGGUUUUCAAUGGAAUAAGUGCUGCUUUCCAAAGAAUGUUCGAACUAGGCAACAUAAUCUGAUAAAAAAGCUGCCAGGUGUUAUUGGCGUUGCAAAAAACUCAAAAACUGCAAUGGAAACUUGGAAGCUAUUUUCUUCGGAUAACAUAGUACAGAAAAUAGUUGAAUAUACCAAUCAGUUCAUUGAAAAAGUAGCUCAUUCAUAUAAAGAUAAAUACGACGUACGUUACACAGAUAUAACGGAAAUCAAAGCACUAAUCGGCCUGUUAUAUUUAGCUGGUGUCCAUAAAGGAGGUCGAACCACUAUUUACGAAUUAUGGGCAACAGAUGGUACUGGUCUGGAGAUAUUCCCAGCAGUUAUGGCUAAAAGAAGAUUCCGCUUUUUGAUAAGAUGGUUACACUUUGAUGAUGUCGAUACACGUGAAGAGAGGAAAAAAACCGACAAUCUUGCACCUAUUAGGGAAUUGUUUGAGGAAGUAAAUGGAAAAUUCAGAAAUCAUUACUCGCCAGGAGAAUACGUCACGAUUGAUGAAAUGCUAUUAGCCUUCCGUGGCCGAUGUGCCUUCCGAAUGUACAUACCUAAUAAACCUGCAAGAUAUGGAAUAAAAAUAUAUUCGCUUGUAGAUGCUAGGAUGUAUUAUACGUUCAACAUGGAAGUGUAUACAGGAACCCAACCAGCUGGACCAUACCAACACGUUCUUUCAUCGCAUAGUGGCCAACCGACUACCAUCUUCUCAAGCAACUAUCUCACCGGAAGAACCAAUCAAGACAAGGCAAAUACGGCCUUCGUCUACUUCAUCGAAUCCCGAGGACGCAAUGUUUAUGCUGGUGUUACAUUGGCAAAAGUGCCUAUUGCCUAA